GUUGAUAUCAAUAUGGCGGUUGUCAGCCAGACAAAGACAGUCAGUCUGAUGUGAUUGAGACAAGGGAGGUUUUCAGGGGGAGACUGGGAGAUAGGGGCCACCCCUCCCCCUUCUCCUCUUCCUGCGCCGGCCUCCACCCCUCCCCUGCCCCCUCCCGACGGGCGGCCCGCGCGGAAGACACCCCUCCCCCUCCCGCCUUCCCUCCUCCCUCCCUCAGCCCUUCGUUCUGGGACGUUGGGGAGGGGGCUGUGCCGGGCGGAGAGAACUCAGCAAGGAUUCCGAGAAUGGUAAAUAACGCUGAUCAUCCCUGAAAGGAUAUUGAUCUGCCUCAUGUAAAGUAUGCUCAGUUCCUUUCCAGUGGUUUUGCUGGAAACCAUGUCUCACUAUACAGAUGAACCCAGAUUUACCAUAGAGCAGAUAGAUCUGCUUCAGCGCCUCCGGCGUACUGGAAUGACUAAACAUGAAAUCCUCCAUGCCUUGGAAACUUUGGACCGUCUUGAUCAAGAGCAUAGUGACAAAUUUGGAAGAAGGUCCAGCUAUGGAGGAAGUUCAUAUGGGAACAGUGCCAACAAUGUCCCAGCAUCUUCCUCUACAGCUACAGCUUCCACACAGACCCAGCAUUCGGGAAUGUCCCCAUCACCUAGUAACAGUUAUGAUACCUCCCCACAGCCUUGCACUACCAAUCAAAAUGGGAGGGAGAAUAAUGAGAGGUUGUCCACAUCCAAUGGAAAGAUGUCACCAACCCGCUACCAUGCAAACAGCAUGGGUCAGAGGUCAUACAGUUUUGAAGCCUCAGAAGAGGACCUAGAUGUAGAUGAUAAAGUGGAGGAGUUAAUGAGGAGGGACAGCAGUGUGAUAAAAGAGGAAAUCAAAGCCUUUCUUGCCAAUCGGAGGAUUUCCCAAGCAGUUGUUGCACAGGUAACAGGUAUCAGUCAGAGCCGGAUCUCUCAUUGGCUGUUGCAACAGGGAUCAGACCUGAGUGAACAGAAGAAAAGAGCAUUUUACCGAUGGUAUCAACUUGAGAAGACAAACCCUGGGGCUACGCUAAGUAUGAGACCAGCCCCUAUUCCUAUAGAGGAUCCUGAAUGGAGACAAACGCCUCCUCCAGUCUCUGCUGCAUCUGGGACCUUCCGACUACGACGAGGAAGUCGAUUCACCUGGAGAAAGGAGUGCCUGGCUGUAAUGGAAAGUUACUUCAAUGAGAAUCAAUACCCAGAUGAAGCAAAGAGAGAAGAAAUUGCCAAUGCCUGCAAUGCAGUUAUACAGAAGCCAGGCAAAAAACUGUCAGAUCUGGAACGAGUUACCUCCCUGAAAGUAUAUAAUUGGUUUGCUAACAGACGGAAGGAGAUCAAGAGGAGAGCCAAUAUCGAAGCAGCAAUCCUGGAGAGUCAUGGGAUAGAUGUACAGAGUCCAGGAGGCCAUUCCAACAGUGAUGAUGUGGACGGAAACGACUACUCUGAGCAGGAUACUUGGCAAGUACGCAAUGGGGAGGAGGAGGAGGGAAGAAGUUCAGAGGGAGGCAGAGAAGCAGAGAAGGAUGACAGCACGAGCCAUAGUGACCACCAAGACCCCAUCUCAUUAGCUGUGGAAAUGGCAGCAGUCAACCACACUAUCUUGGCAUUGGCCCGACAAGGAGCCAACGAAAUCAAGACAGAGGCCCUGGAUGAUGACUGAUCAGGGAGGUGAAACACAACGAGUUAACUUAGUUUAGAUGUAGCACCUUAGCAGACUUUUCCUCGGUCCUUAACAUGUGUUCUUACAGUAUAACUUGCAGUUUCUUGUAUGUCAGGUAGCCGUUAGGGUCUUGUUCUGUGAAGAUGGCAUGGUGCCCUCAGCCUUUGCAUAUACUCUCUCAGUAUUAAUUCCCAGUAAAUAAUAACCAACCAACCAACCUUCCCUCUCCCAGCCCCUGAGGCUAGAAAAUCUUGCUGCUCCGUCUUAGCAUUCCAAGAAAGUGCUUCCAGGUAUUUAGAUAGCCCUCAGUUCUCAAAUAUUAGGCUAUGUGUAAAAUCUUGGGUACCUUAGAUUCAUGUAACACUAGUCUGUACCUCCUUUUCCUCCCCCAAGGCUGACAGGAAGCAAGCUGAGGUAGAGUCACGGCAUGACAGACCCCACUGGGGAGUAUCCACAGAGUCACAGGAACACUAGCAUCCCCACCUCGGCGUGAGGAGAAUUGAUUUCCAGCUGCAAUAAGCCGUGCCUCCUUAUAGUCACACCGUGGCUAGAUUACACUUCUCUGGGUGCUGUGCUAAGAAUGUCAAUGGAGAAACUUGUUCUUAUUCUGGUUGUUGUUAACAUGCCUGACACAGAUAUCCUUUCCUCUCACAAGCUGUGUGACUUAGUAGAUAAAAAUACUGCCUUCUGCCUUUGGGACCAUAAUUAAAAACAAAACAAAAAAAAAAGACAAAAAACAAAAAUUAAAAAAAAAACAAACCCAGCUUGAGAGCAUUGGAAAAAACCAUGAGCUGAAUGUCUAAUGGAUGCUAAGUCCAGUUCUCAGAACCACUGUACAUUCCACGGCACAGUUACCAGUGCCUGUCUGGAACGUUCCGGAGGCCCUCGUGGAAGUUGCUUUGCCUCCUAUCGGUGUUCCUUUUCCCUGCUACCAAAAACAGUCUUUCAAGGAUGGAGCGAAGGUCAAAAAUAGUGAAAUACAGUCUUUUAUCCACUAACUGAAGCCCCCUCAGUCUGAGAGGCCGGUAGGGGACAGCACUGGGGUUGUGCUGACUGUCACAGAUGCAAAUACUUGCCUAAAUAGGAGCAGAAAAAAGCAGGGGACAUUGGCCACUUACAUUGUGGCUAUGUGAGACAUGACAGGAUGUGACUGCUUUGGUGUUCUCUUUACUCUGUCCUUGUAGAGAUGUGAAAAGCUAUUGCUACAGGCAAUUUAUUUAAUAAUUGGAAGCCAUAUUGAUAAUGGAUGUGGUAAUAUUUGUAAAGUUUAAUCUACUUUAAGUGGCAGUAACUAAUGGAAUUUUUUUCCUCGAUCAUAUAUGUAGCACUUUUGUUACUUUUUAAAGAUAUUUAUAUUUGAUAAAUCUUUUUUUCAUUUUGAGAACUCGAAAUACCAAACAGUGAACUUGCGUUAUAGAGUCACCCUGUGAUCACCUUGUCAUCUAGUAGCAAAGUGAUGAACUAUUCAUGCAUCAAAGAAAAUUACAUCUGCUGGCCUUGUAUGAAAAUGAUCUCUUGGCAUCCCGAUUAAGUGACACACUGUCACGGUGGGAAAAGGAAACAGCACAGGGUGCAUCUGAGAGAGGCACACUGCUGCGUACUUUCUGCCUCAUCCCACCCCCUUUCAGGGUGGAAGGAAGCCUUGUUUCAAGGGGAGCAUGGGGCUGGCUAUUAAGCGGGGUUUCUUUUUGUCCAUUACCUGAAAAGUUACCAAGAUGGAAGGUGCCAUUUUCUUACCUCUUCAUUCCUCCUCCUCUACCAAAUGUAUUCAACUUCAAACUAUCGAGAGAGAGAGAGAGCGAGCCUGACCUCCCUUGGUCUUCCCUUUCUCAUUUAUGACAUACUGAAUAUCCGCCACUCCUUAACUGGGCUCCUACCAGGUAAGGCACACGCUGACCAUAUCAUCUCCUCAUCUGUUAAUCCUGCUCACAUAAGUGUAGGGAAGAGUCUUUGAGAAGGCAUGAAAGUACCGUCUCAUACAUGUCUGUGACUUUAAAGAACCAUUAUGCAGGGAUUGGUCCUGCUCUUGUCCAUGGAUUUCGGGACGGGGGGUGGGGGGGGAUUGUGUAUACUUUUUCCAGCUUCCAAGAAUUGAAGUAAAAUGGAACAGUCAUCUGUUUUACUGUAUUACUUGAACCAACAAAUUCAAGAGUAGCAUUUAUUAUUCUCAGGAAUGACCCCACCCACUCUCCUGCUCCCCUGCUCAUAUUCUUUCUUGGUUUACUUGACUUACUUCAGUUAGGAAAUUGUGGUAUCUUUCUUUCCGUUUAUUUUGCUUAGAAGAAAUAUAACAUUUUAUCUUUCUGUUUUGGUGGAGUUUUGUCUUUUUCUUGGUUGAAUCAGAACAAGGAGAGGAAAAACAUGCACUCUGACAAGCCACAUCACAUUAUUUAUUGUAAUUGAUAGCUUCUCUGUGAUAGGAUUGCUAGUAUUGUUUGUUCUUGCUGAUCUUUUUAAGGGAACAAACUGUUAAGACAGCUGCCAUUUCUAAAGAAAUUCAGUGAUUGGCAUAGAAGAGCUAAAAGGUUUCAUUGUUUUAAGACCUUUAAGGAAGAAAAAAGCCUUCAGCGAAUAAAAGGAGUUCGCAUCCUCCAAGAGCAGUACGAGGCCCUAACUGCCGCUGUGGUGAAACUAAAAGAAUAUUUCCACCAGUGGAAGACAGCCUUGUGUUGGACUCAGUGGGAACAGGAGGAAAGAGUCUUUCGCCCACGACUCUUGUCAUCUGAGAAGACCUGUGGCCUACUCUGAAGACCCCACUGCCUUACGUGUUAACUUGCUUUUUCGCCAAGGGUAAGACUUGACUUUUGUUUGGUCUAGAUUUAAACCUACCAUCAGUUUUCUGUUUGUUACCAGGGUCAAUUCUGCUGUCUCUUCCUGACCCCUUUAGUUCUUGGAAAUGGCGUAUGGCGCUGCCACUGUUAAUGUUUCUAAUAUCUUUGGACAGUAAACUUCUUCCCUAAGCUUUUCCAGGUUUUGGAGGUAGUUUUAAAAUAGAAAUGCUAAACUGCGCUAUUACUGAAGAGGAACGAGCCAGGCUCUUUACAGAUCACCUGCUGUCUUCUGGUCACUCUCUCUCCUCUCAGUCCAUUCUGAACUUCAGGCCUCAAAGGGCUCUGUCAGCUCUGUUCCUUCCUGAUUGAGGAAGACUUUUAAGUGUCUUUUAAAUACUGAGUACGGGCAACUGGCCAACAGAUAUUCAUGUAACUUAUUUUUUUAAAAGACAUUUUAAUUCAAUUACUGUAGUCAGGGGGGUAAAGCUUCCCACCCUUUAAAAAAACACCUUACAAAGGGAACUUUUAAAGAUGGAUCACGUUAAGGAGAUGUCUGCCUUCCAUCUAUUGAUAAUCCCAGCAUCAAGUGAAGGCCAGUACGGACCGUCUAGUGGCAUUCAGUGCCAAGUAGACAUCUUGGUUUGUGAUGUUAGAGUGCCCCUUAAGCCUGUUUUCUUGGCAGUCUCAAUCCUCUUAAGUGGUUGAUAAGUAUAGUUACCUUCCACCUCACAGUGGACACUAGCCAUUCAGUCGGAUAACCCCACAUCCACAUUCCCGUGGCCCUUUACAGAAGGGGGCAGGAGGCACCCCCCACGCAUAGGUACCUUUCACCCCAGCUUAGUAGGUGUGACCACCUAGAAAAGACUUGAGGAAAAUCAUUAAUACUGGAAUAUAUAAAUUUAGCAUUAUACUACUUCCUGGUAUAUUUAUGAUGACUGUUCAGUAAUCAGCAACUCCUGUGGGUCCAGAUAUCCAGUUUUAUUUUUACCUCAAAGGGAGUAACUAUGAAGAAUCAGUUUCAUUUCUCCCUGUCUGGCCUUUGUCUUUAAGAAACGUUGGCUUUAGAAAUUUUUCCCUUCGAUACCACCAGGUACCAAUGCACUCUUAUUUAAAUCAGGAAUCUCCAGGCUCUUCUUGUCUGUGAACAGUUCCCACCAUCUUCGUCUGUCCUUCUCUUGAGCUGACUUCUUGCUGAGUUUUUUUUUUAUCCUGCUACACCAGGCAGUAGGUGGGUGUAUCCACCUUGUAACACAAACACUCCCUCCUGUCUUGACCAGAUACAUUAUUCCCGCCCACAACUGUGGAAAUAGCCCCACCACCCCACCAUUAAAAUGUGAACUUUCAGUCCUUAAUUCUCUUUUAUCUUGAGAAAGGUUUGGUUAGAAGCAAUCUUCCUGUGUAACUCGUGGCUCUGCCUUUUAAAAUGCUUUUUGUCUUUUGUUGUUCUGAGAACACCCAGAGUAUUUUCUCCCCAGUGAGUCUCAACAGAUUCUUAGGCAAUAAUUUUCUUCAUUGUUGAUGACCUUACAGUCCUGACCCUCCCUGUUGUACAUUGGUUUCUGUGUUAAUUUGUGUGAUUUAAAUCUUAUGUAGGAAUGCUGACAGAUUUUGUCACUGUGUUGUGAUUAUUAGUGAUGCUUUACUACUGUAUUCACUGGGGCUGUGUUGAGACCAGCCAAAUCAUUUAUAGCUUUACUGAGCCAGAUUUAUUUUUCAAGAUUUCCCAAGUGAAAGUUGGGUACCUUGUCUUGGGGGAGGGUGUGGGGUAGUGGACGCACUGGGGUGAGGGUGGGAAUUACACAUAUAAAGCAUUCCCUUUUUUGUGUACUCUUUUGAAUAGCAAGGAAGGUCACUCAGGAUUUGGGGAUCAAGUUGUCAGCCAUCCUGGAUUUGACAGAUUAAGCUGAAAGCCAUCUCUUUUCUUCCCUUCCACAUUGUCCAAAGUAAAGGUAUCGCUGCCUAAUGAGAGUGGAAGGCUGUCCCGCGGAGGCACCUGUGACCACCAGGUCAUCUGAGGGUUUCACGGUAGCAUCUGUCAGAACAGGGCCCCAUCUUCUGUAGUGUGGUACUCUACGUUAUGUACUCUUGGUUUCAAACAAGACUCUCACUUAAGAAGACAGAUGCCCUUACCAUGUGCAGAGAACUACCCAACUAAGUUAGUAGGAAAGGCUAUUCUUAAUUCUAUUUAUAGAUUGAAAGCGAAAAGCUGCUGCUCUUGUGAUCUUGCAGGGCCAGUGGUUGACUCACUUUUCUCUGAAAUGCAACUUUGUUCCUAUCUGUGUACUUCCAGUAGCUGGAAGCUUGUGAACCGGAAAAGUUUCCAUAUUAGUUUCAUUAUUCUUUCUUGGUAGGGAUGAGAAAAAGCAGCAAAAAGAAAUCUAAUGAUUCAACAAAUCCUGUCUCCUCUAACACUGGUUUUCUUUUGUGAUCAAGAGGUUAAGAAAUAGGGAAGAGAGGAAGAGAACUGGCUGUUUCCCCCUUUGUCUUGACACACAUAAGAAUCCCAACUUUUCUAUUGUUCCUCCUAUGGCAUUGGGGCAGAACUAGAUCUAGUUGACCCAUUCAAGUGAAUCUGCUGGACAGUAGACCACAUACACGCGUUAUCUCACUGGCCAGCACUCUGUCACCACCAAGAGGCUCCAUCUGCAAGGGGAGCUUUCCUUCUCUUCUCUUGUGCCCCUGGUUAUGUGGCAGGUUUCGGAUUGGUUGGGCCCAGUUGGGGUACAGGCCCCUCAUGCAGCAGGAGGCACGUGGACAACAGCUUGGCUCACACUCGGGAAAUCUCAGGACACUGGCUCCCUUGACUCCAUUUUCAUUUUCUUUUAAAUAAGAGCGGCUCUAGACAGCCAUAAUUAACUCUCAGAUUCACAUUGGUGUGCUGUGAUCAAAUGAAGCUUUGGCUGAAUCUUUUCAAAUCGUAACCAUGGUAAUUGAGGGGGGUGGCACAGAAUGAAUAUAUAAAAAUAUAAUGGCAAUUGUUCUGAAUGACUGAGUGUCCUCCUGACAUGUAAUUAGCUGUUUUAGCAGGAUGCAGAUUGGCAUGGUCAUAAUUAAAAGGAUUUCUGUCCUUUAUGUGAUUGGAAAUGGUAGAGCUCCCCUCCCCUGUUCUCUUUUAGCACUAAUGCUCCCGAGAACAUUUGGAACAGCAACUCAGUAAACUAAAAUAAUGAUAUGGUACUCAUGUUCUCCCUCAGUGAAAGAGAAGGAUUUGGAGUUAUUUCAACUUGAAAACGGAAGCUUUGCUUAUUGUUCCCAUUUGACUCCUAAAUUAUUGGAAGCCUCAAUCACAUCCCGUUUCGACCUGCUCUACCUUUGGCAGAAACCCCAAUCAGAAUCCUAAAUGUGGUGAACCUCGGACGGGCCUCCAGCCCACCAGCUCGGAGACUUUGCUGACGUAACUUGAGGACAUUUGCUGCAUACUGAGCCCUUUCCUUGGUUGCCUGAUACUUCCAUUGGCAUCACCGUCGGGAAGUAUUUAUCAGACAGGAGUUUGUGGAGUUGGAUAGGGUUUUCCCCCAUGACACUUAGUUACCAGCCGCCGUGUGUCAGGCGCCUUUGCCGUCCUGAGUCUCGUCACUGUCCUGUUGUGUGAGCACAUGGUCUCACUGCCACAGCCUCAUUCCCUCUCACUCUUGCUUUCGGUCCCAUGAUAGGGUCCCCUUACUCUUCUCAUCCUAUGGUGUCACUUUGGAUCGGAGCUACUGAGUCACCAGCUAGCCUUUCUCUAGAUUAUGGCUUGGGGUUUUUUUCCCCAUCACUUUAUUGGAUAAAGACAGAAGUCUUUAUUUAUCCAAUUGUAUAAUCAAGAGUGAGUCCACAAGAACACCAGCACCCAGUGUAGUGCCACAUGGCCUUUCAGAAGCUGUUUCAGGCCGGAACACUCCAGGAUUGGUUGGUAGCCACUACAGAAAAUAAAGCUCUGGCUUUUUCCCAUGUACAAGUCUUCCCCCCUCCAUACAUCAGAAGGAGCCCUGACCUGGGUGGAAUGCUAGUUACAGCUGUCCUCUCCCCACCCUGACAAUUUAGGGAAAGGUUCUUAAUGCCUUCAGGGUUUUUUUGUUUUGCUCCCCUAAAAUUACCUACGAUGAAAUGUAUAGUAGUUGUGCUGGGUCUCGAAAAAAAUCUUGAAAGAUUUUUAUUCAUGUUUCUCCUCCUGUGCAGCACCCCCGGGCACCCCUUCAGUCACCGAGACUGUGUCUUAGGGAGGGAACCCGUCGGUCUUUAUGACAACGGGAAUGACUAGAGACUCGUGACCCCAAAGAGUAGAGCAUCCCUGUUCUUCAUUCCUAGUUGCUGAAAGAGAACUAUUUCCAUUUAAAAUUUAGAAUCUGUCUUAAAAUUAGAGAUUCUGAGAGCUGACGAGAUGAGUCUAAUUCUGUGAUUUGUGAGACAUGCAUUAAAACAGCCGGCAGAACAUUCUGAUCUGCUAACAUUCAGAGGAAAUAGAAUUACCACCACAGUUAAAACCUUCCACGUAAUCUGUCUUAGGGAUCAAAGUAUUAGAAAUGCUACUUCAGGGAUGGUAUACUUAAAAAGAACUGGAGUUAGACAUUUCCCUCCCCAGAGGCCACUUGGGGGUGAUUCAAAAAACCCUGUACCAUAUAUUCCUUUGCCACCAGCAGCCUCACCCCUUCCUCUAGUGAAAAAGGAACCUUACAAAGAAAUCUUUGUCUUGUUAUCUACUAAAAAUAGGCAGUGUUUAAACAUGCAAUAAGUAAUUUUUGGAAGCAAACGUCAGAAAUUAUUCUUGUAAGAACUAAAGAUGUCACCUUUCUACAACAUAUUACCCCAAGAGACAGACACACAGACGUCCCGCUGGUGCCGAGCUGCCUGCUGAGCACGUGGAGGUUCACAGGCCUGACACCAAGCAACCCCCCAACCGCAGCCAGGCAGGUCUCUAGAGGAUUCUACUUUGUUUCAUUUUCUUAUGGGACAGCGAUGGCCCCACAGUCAUAUUGCCACCACCUCUGAAACUAGACCAGUGCUCCCGUGAGGUUCUAGACCUCACCCCACAGGCUGAGCCCUUCCCCUAAUCUCCCCCCGGUCCAGGACAGGAGCACAGUGAGGCUUCAAGGGAACUAGACUCUACGGCACUUCUUGCCUGCGGUUCAGUUAAUAAAAGCAGAGAACAUGAACAUCUUUGGCACAUCUUAUCUUUUGCUCUAUUCAACUCUUCUAGUAUUUUCUUAGCGCAGAUUACUCUUCUAUAUCCUGCUGUGGUCAGGGGCUUGGUUUUCUGGAACUGCAUGAGUGUCUGCCCUGGCUCAGGCCCUCCUUGGGUCCCCGGGAACCCUACUUGGCCAGUGAAUAGCAGUUGUGCAUGGAGACAAAUCCACAUUUGGGCUGAGCUGAGAUCCCUCUGCCAUCUAGGAUGCGGCACAGCAGGGAGCUUCCUCGGGGGAGGCUGGUGCUUGUCCCGCCACUGCUCACGUGGCGGCUCAGGGACUGCUGGUCAGGGACACGGGCUCCACACUGACCUGGCUCCACGGAAAUUCUCUUCCUUCUCUCCUCCCCUUUCUUCUCUUCUCUUUGCAAAAAUAAGUGGUUCUCAUCGGGGUUGGUUUUGUCACCAUCUCUCUCCACAUCUGUUCUCACGCCAGAGGCCUCCUUGGAGCCCGAGAGUGAACCCCAGCUCAGGAGCCUCUGGGAGAGCCCCCCCAUAUUGUUACAUGAGUCUCUGAUGGAGCUUUAUUAUCCAGCUCCUCCCACAAAACUUAAUUUCAAGGGGAAAAGGUAUGUGUGUCUUUCAUCUUGGAACCGGUCCUGAUUUUGUGCCACUGGCGUUUAGGAACGGGGGCCUUGCUUCAUUUGUCCCUGGGAAGGAGCACUCACCUGUGUUUGUGGCAGCAAGUCACAGACCUCCUGUUUCAAGGUUCUUUCUUUAGGAUUUUUUCAACUGCAACUAAAUUUCAGUCUUGUUUUAUGGCUUUCUUUGCACACAGAAACCUGUUUUUUGCUUUACUUGAACAGCCCUGCAUAAACUCGUGAGCAUCAUUUUUCCACUUCAUUAUUUACUGGAGCUAUAAAACAGGACAAGAGAAUUACAUUAAUGCUGUAUUAAUGUAAACAGCAGCCACUCUGGUGAUAGUACAUUGGACUUGUUUCUACGCCGAAUUUGUGCAGGAAGUGCCCACAUUGCUUAGAGUGGGGGUCUGCACAAAGCUGAGGGUGCUCAGCUGUGGGCGCUUUCAAGAAACAUUGUUAAGAUUUGCCUUGAAAACUACAUUCCACUGUAUUAGAAUCAAUGUACCCCUCAAUCCUGCACCUCUGAAAUGGGCACCACAAAACCAAAGCCAAAGUUCGGAAGGGGGUGUAUAGUGCUUUUUUCUUUCCAAGCAUUAGGAGCUCUGGCAAGGCUUCUCCUUACUGCUCUUCAGUUUUGCCAGAAAAACUCUGUGAAGGGCCUCUCUUCUCCUAGUAGCUUGUUCACGUUGACCCGAGAAAGCAAGUCCGUGUGGUGUGCGCCUCCCCAGCCCCACAGCGGCAUCUGGAGCAGGCCUGCCUGGGCCUCCCCAGACCUGCACUUGCCCACUGUCUUGCUGGGCUGCGGCACACAGACCUGGAAAGGUCUCUCUGCUGGGCCCCACCCCUAGCUGCUGCGCCAUCACAACACUGGUUUCUUCAGACUCACCCUGACUGCGAGGUAGGAUGCUCUCCCUGCCGAAGAUGCCUCCCCUGGAAGAGCCCGCAGCCUUCUCUGAUUUCCCCAUGGGCUCACCCCCUGUCUACGGCCAUGGUCAUGUUGGAUAUGCAGUACCUGUCAAGGAUAAAUUUUUAUUUAUGUUUUUUAAGUGCCUAAGCAAGUCACAGACCUCUGGAACUUGCCAGAGACUGGGCCUGUGCCCUCUCCCUCUCCACCCUGCACUUAGCUCUCUCGGGUGGGCACCGGGUGGCUACCCCUCUCCAGGGUCCCUGGGGUUCUGCAGGCAGAACCGCCGCAAGGUGAGCAAGCAGGAGGGAUCUCUUCACGGCCAUGUCAGGCUGGCUUUGUCACUGUUCUCCAGUGUUUCUUUUUUUAGAGGUGUUUCUGUUUGUGUGGUCAUGGUCUUGGUUCACAGAGCAGUUUAAGAGUCUGCUUAGCUAAGUCUCAGUAGCUACUCAGUUAAGACGACAGUAGAGCAAGACAGCCUCAGAGCAGCAUUCUGUCUCUGUUGGCGUCAAAUCAUCAGAGUGAGUUAGUGAACACGCUGGCUGAUUCAUUUGCCAUCGUGAGUCUCUGGAAUCCUGGCCGCACUUCUGUGUCCUCUUCCUGGAGUGGAGGGAGCAGGGCGUCUGCUCACAGCGGCUCGGAAAGGCUGUCAGCAGUAGGGCGUUAAGCAAGAUCGAAAGUGUGUUUUUGAAAAUGAAUGUGAGAGUACUUGUUUGCUUCUUUUUAAAAGUAAUUUAAUUCUGACCUAAAUACGGGGCCUUUAUUAUGUGGUGGGUGUACACAGAUUAUUUUGUGACCACACUAUGUUCAGAUCACAUCACUAAGCAGCACUCAGUUGAUUUGUUGGUGCGUUAAAAGGUUUUGCAAAAUGGAACAAUCCAAACCCAGGCACUUUAUUUUCAUUAAUCAUCCAGCAUUUUUGUUCAGACAACGUGAUAUGGGUAUUCACAUCUGACAGUGGGCAGACCUACCAGGAGCAUUUGGACUUGGGUGAGCAGAGGGGGGCGACUGCUGUGGGAGGACGAGCGUGAGGCUCUUCCCAGCGCACUACCGCGUGUCUGUCACUUAGCCUGGCUGUGACUGAAGAGGUGAAUGUGAGGAGAGCAGCGCACUAGGAGAACGCAGGGAGGGGCACGAAGGGCCCGGUUCCUUCUCGCUUAGCUGGACUUGAACACUGCAGCAAGCCAGAGCAGAGUGCUGGGGUUCCACUUUUGAAAGACGGGUUCACUGCCAGGGUGGAAACUAGCUGGCGCAGUAAGAUCUAAAAUGGAAAGCAAGUGGAACGGUCAGGUCACAUACCAUGGCCCAGAUGCCUUGGGAUUGUCUGAAGUUACUUAGCAUCCACCAAAUAUUGGCGUCUCUGAGACGGACGUGUGGGACCCCUGCCCGACUGGCAUGGGAGCAGAGAGCCCCUCCCUGCCGUGUGUCUUGGUCUGUUUCCCCUUGGUGUCUCCUCUGGUCUCUGUCCCCCAUCUUGUGUACCAUGUGUCCCUGAGGGCGAGUCACACCUGUGUCUAGAGUCUGCUGUAGGUGUCCAGUCUACCUCAAGGGGUCAUCAUGGUCAGCUCUGUCCACAUGGAAUCCUCCGUCCAUUGCCACACACACUGGAAUGUAUCCCCUGCCCUUCAAUAACCCCCGACCCCAUCUUUCCUAUAAUCACCACAAACUCCUAGUGCAAAUUGGAUGCUGCUUUAAAUGUGAAAACAAUUGUUCAAAAGCUAUAAAACCUGAAUGAAAGCUAAAGCUGAAUUUAUAAGCCUUGUUGCAUAUGAGCCAAAAGUGCAAAAAGCUCUAUAUAAUGAACUAACCUGCCACUCGUAUAAAUAUAAAUAUAUAUAAAUAUAUUAAAAUCAGACUGUUCUACAAAAUUGUGUAUUUGUAUUUUUGUGUACGUACAAUUUUCUGCUAAGCAGAAGGAGGAUGUAGUAUAGGAUGCUGUGAGAAGAGAUUUGGUUUAAUCCUAUUUCUUUGUUACUUAUUUUUGUUAACAUCAGAUGCCUGUCUUUGUCUUAUAUGUAUAUGACACUGUUUGGAAAGCUGCAGUAUCUCUCUCCCUUAGGUCCAGAGUCCAUUAGAGAGUUGGCCACUCGACACAGAAAAGCAAACAGUUUGGUCCUGUCCACCCUGAGGGGACCCGGAGCUACUUCCUGGUGAGGGAAACAGCUCCCCCGCUUCGUGCCAGUCACUGUAUUUUGACUUCCUCCUGGGAAGCAAAAUUCCACUUCUAGAAAUCAACUAAAACAAAAGAUUAUGAGAUCUCCCUGUUACAGAGUGUCCCCUGGGCCCACCAGGAAGGGACACAGGAGAUCUCUAAACUCUGGCCAAGAAAUAAGAGAUCCUGUUCCUGAGUUUGUGCUGACAGCAGCAGGGCUGUGCCUGACCUGUGGUGCCAGCUUGUUGGCUGUCCCUGGGUCCGUCUCCCUCAGAGUAGUUGCUGCCUUUCUUCAGAUCAGGUUACCAAAAUGCCUCCCUCUGCUGAGCUGCUGACGCUUUAUCUCCCAGGUCUCCAGCCCCAGUGACCUGGAGCAUCUCAGAACCCACUUUGCAGGUGCUAAUCACAAGAAGGGGUUAAAGUGGCUGCCAGGAGUGGCCAGAAACCAACCAAUGGGAGGCCAGGCCAAAAGACGCUCUGGGUCCGGAGCUGGCAGGAAGCUUCUCUAAGGAGAGGGAUACUGCACCUUCCCCUGUAGGACUCAUAUUUAUAACAGUGUGUAACGACUGUAGCAAAAAGCCCUUGUUUCUAGAUGUAAAUGGUCAAAGAAACAAGGGCUCUAUCGUAUUGAUUAAAAUAGUUGAGAUGAGUCCUGUAUCAUUGUAUCUCCUAUUCUGGAUUAGUGCCUUUUGGACAGUAGACUGUUCUGUAAUUAAAAUGUAGUAUACUGCUUUUUUGUACAGUUUUGUUUUAAUAAAACUUUUUUUUAAUUUGUGUUUAUUUUAGUAUUGUACCUAUUAGAGAAUAAAAUGUAUAACUGAA